AUGGAAGCUAGGAGCCGGGCUCCCAGAAGACAGCCGUGCCCGCCUGGGAUCACUUGGCUGGCCCUGGCCUAUCUGCUCAGCUGCCUGCUUGCCUCCAGCAAGGCCAAGGUCUUCAGUCGCUGUGAGCUGGCCAAAGUGCUGCAUGACUUCGGUCUGGAAGGCUACCGGGGAUAUAACCUGGCUGACUGGAUCUGCCUUGCGUACUACGCAAGCGGCUUCAAUACGGAUGCUGUGGAUCACGAAGCUGACGGAAGCACCAACAACGGCAUCUUCCAGAUCAGCAGCCGGAAGUGGUGCAAAAACCUCGCCCCGAACGGCCCCAAUCUUUGCAGGAUAUACUGCACGGAUUUGUUGAGCAAUAAUCUCAAAGAUUCUGUCGCCUGUGUCAUGAAGAUAGCUCAAGAGCCCCAGGGCCUGGGCUAUUGGGAAUCCUGGAGGCACCACUGCCAGGGCAGGGACCUCAGUGACUGGGUGGAUGGCUGUGACUUCUAGGACCCUCUCUGGAUGGACUAAGCCACACACAGCUGGCUGGGAAGUGUGGACUUGUUCCUGA